UCUCACAAUUUGCUUCUUUACCUUUUAACCAAAGGGAAAAACACUUAAACUGAGGAUAACUUUUUAAACUUGCUUUCCACCUCAAACCACCAACCCAAACUAUUACCAUGUUAAUCAAAUACAACCAGUUGACAUUACCAAAACUACCAAAAACAAGACCAUCCUCAUCUAACCCUGAAAAGUGUUUAUUGUUAACAAGUUUAGUCUUCAUUGUAACUCCAUGUUUACAUCAUUAAAUUUCAAACAAAUUAAUCUUUUACAGCCAAUAAUUACCAUUAAAUCAACUCAAUUGCCAAACUGCCUUUCAACUGAACUUUUUUCCAACCACAAUUAAGCCAAAAUUUAAAGCAAUUCAGUAAAUACCCAGAAAACAGUUAACGUGUUUAACAAGUCAAAACAAUUGAAGAAUCCAUUUUUAUAUCAGUGAUUUUACAAUGACCAAUUCAAGUACAAUUAACAAUUCAACUAAUGAAACUAAUCCAAUACGCCUAGCUUGGCUUCGUUUCCUUCAUCCUGACCUUAUAUCAUCUGCACCCGAUUACUGGCUCAACUUUGAGCCAAUCCCAUGUCAAGUUAACAUCACCAUUGCCGCACUUUUUUCAUUUGUAUUAAUCUUUGGAUUGACCGGUAAUUGUACAAUCAUCUACCUCUAUUGUAGAGUCAAAGCCCUUCGCAAUGGUCGUAACACUUUGAGCUUAAACAUUGCCGUUUCUGACUUAAUCAUGAAUGCAGUGAUUGCUGCUUAUGUUUAUAAUAGUACCCAAUGUGGAGCUGCUAUGACACCAUUAGGUUGCAAGCUUUAUGGUUUUGCUGGUGGCCUUUCAGGAACAGUCACAAUUAUGUCAAUUACAGCAGUUACUUUUGAACGCUAUCUGACCAUAAAUAACCAAAGCUUUACUCAACCAUAUUUUAAUUCUCGAAGCUCAAUUUUGGUUAUUAUACUUCUCUGGUUAUAUUCAUUGAUGUUUACCCUUCCACCAAUAUUUGGUUUCUUCACCAAUUAUAUACCAGAAGGUUAUUUAACAACAUGUUCAUUUGAUUAUAUUUCAACCAAAUUAGAGUCAAGGCUUUUUGUAUUGAUCUUUUUCCUUGGAGCUUGGCUAAUCCCAUUAAUCAUAAUCAUUGGUUCAUAUGUUGGUAUCUAUCGAGCAACUCAUCGUUCAGCAGCACGAUUCAAAAAAUAUGCCUUAUCAUCGAGUCCGCCGAGUAGUAAUAAUCAGUCCAAUUCCAGAGUCACUAAUGGCAACAUUAAUAAUGCUGAAAUCAGCAAUAGUAAUGGAACUGGUGAUGAUAAUUCAAUGAUGCAACAGCGAACACAACAUCAUAUCAGGUUGGAACAUCGUUUAGUCCGAACUUCUAUUGCUUUAAUUACUCUUUGGAUGAUUACAUGGACUCCAUAUGCAGUUGUAUCACUGAUUGGUAUAAUUAAUCCACUUUUAUUGACACCAACUAUGGCCAUGUUACCAGCAAUGUUUGCCAAAACCUCUGCCGUGAUGGAUCCAUUUGUCUAUGGUUACCUCCAUCCUAGAAUAAAAUUUGAGGUUAAAAAACGUUUCUUCAAAUGCUGUGUCAAAUCAUUUCAGCGAUCUUCAUCACUUCGUUCAUCCUUACCUAGUAAAACAUCAACAUCAUCAAGUCGCUGGCAAAAAGUAGCCAAAUUUUAAACCAAAUCAACUAAAGCCACCAAAAGCAUGGA